AUACGGUCAUCAGUUGAACAUUUGUCCCGUCCUCGUCGCUGUAAAUGGAUGCAUUCUUCGUACUGCUAACCUCACACUGAAUUUCCUACGUGUCAUAACCUUCAUUUGAUAACAAUAAAUUAAUCGAGAUGGCGCAAGAAGUGGAAGAGACGAUGAAGCGGAUUCAGUCGCACAAGGGUGUUGUUGGCACGAUCGUUGUCAAUUCCGAAGGUAUUCCAAUCAAAUCAACUCUUGACAACACAACAACCGUUCAAUAUGCAGGCCUGAUAAGCCAACUAUCAGACAAAGCAAGAUCAGUUGUUCGUGAUUUGGAUCCAACGAACGAUCUGACCUUUCUUCGGAUUCGAAGUAAGAAGCAUGAGGUCAUGGUAGCCCCAGACAAGGAAUUCAUUUUGAUAGUCGUUCAGAAUCCCGUCGACUGAGUCACGCUGAUGUCAUUACCUCCUGCACAAUGCCCUCAAGUACGAUGACAACAAAUUUUUUUUCUAUUAUCGCCCAAAUUGCAAUAACUGUCGCAUUAGUUCAAUCUUUUCCAUUUUGCAAGUUGGAAAAAUCAACGUUUCAAAAUCUAAAGUGUUUAGCUCAUUCUGAAUAAACUCAUAAGGUCUUUCGAAAUUCCGCUGGUCCUGUAAUUUUUUUUCAACUCUAUGUUCUAUCGAAUAUAAUGUGAUUUAUUCAGAUGUAAGUAAAGUAUGUAACACAGAAGAAUAUUUAUUACUGGAAGAUAAUAAAUUAUCACACUAAUGUGUA